CAGCAUGUCACGUGAUCAUCGGUGCACUUCCGCUUUGUAAAGUCGUUGACAAAUUUCUCCGUCGCCGAAGUCGUCCAUAACAAACAGGAUAAGAAGGUGAUAACCAAGGAAAAACAAGGCCGAGGAGCUAUUUUAUCCAACUCAAGCGUGAUCUUGUUUUCCUGAAGGGCGUGCCGGGGUAGCCGAAAAACCCGCCGCAAACAUGGGGGAACUCUUCCGGAGCGAGGAGAUGACGCUGGCGCAGCUCUUCCUCCAGUCGGAGGCGGCCUACUGUUGUGUCAGUGAGCUGGGAGAGAUUGGGAUGGUGCAGUUCCGUGAUUUGAAUCCUGACGUGAACGUGUUCCAGCGCAAGUUUGUCAACGAAGUGCGGCGAUGUGAGGAAAUGGACCGCAAACUGAGGUUUGUGGAGAAGGAGAUCAAGAAGGCCGACAUGCCUAUCGUCGACACCGGCGAGAACCCCGAAGUCCCUGUCCCGAGAGACAUGAUCGACUUGGAGGCCACGUUUGAGAAGCUGGAGAACGAAUUGAAGGAAAUCAACACCAAUCAGGAAGCCCUGAAGAAGAACUUCCUGGAGCUGACCGAGCUUAAGCACAUUCUGCGUCGCACGCAGCAGUUUUUUGAUGAGAUGGAAGACCCCACGUUGCUGGAGGAGUCUUCCACCCUGCUGGACCCCAACGAGGUCAAUCGCGUGGCUCCCCUCAGGCUUGGAUUUGUUGCCGGAGUCAUCGGAAGGGAGCGUAUCCCCACAUUCGAGAGGAUGCUGUGGAGGGUUUGCCGAGGCAAUGUGUUCCUGAGGCAGGCGGAUAUCGAAGACUCUCUGGAGGACCCUUCUUCGGGCGACCAGGUCCACAAGUCUGUCUUCAUCAUCUUCUUCCAGGGAGACCAGCUGAAGAACAGAGUGAAGAAGAUUUGUGAGGGUUUCCGAGCGACAUUGUACCCGUGUCCGGAAACACCUCAGGAGAGGAAAGAGAUGCUCGCAGGGGUGAACGCUCGCAUCGAUGAUCUACAAAUGGUGCUGAACCAGACAGAGGACCACAGACAGCGGGUCCUGCAGGCGGCAGCCAAGGCAGUGCGCGUGUGGUUCAUCAAAGUGAGAAAGAUGAAGGCCAUCUACCACACCCUCAACCUGUGCAACAUCGACGUCACCCAGAAGUGUCUCAUCGCCGAGGUGUGGUGUCCCGUCUCCGACUUGGACUCCAUCCAGUUCGCUCUGCGCAGGGGCACGGAGAAGAGCGGCUCCACCGUGCCUUCCAUCCUGAAUAGGAUGCAGACCAAACAGACCCCGCCCACCUACAACAAGACCAACAAGCUCACCUCCGGCUUUCAAAACAUUGUGGACGCCUACGGAAUCGGCAGCUACCGCGAGAUCAAUCCAGCUCCAUACACCAUUAUCACCUUCCCCUUCCUGUUCGCCGUCAUGUUCGGUGAUCUGGGCCAUGGCGUGCUCAUGACCUGCGCCGCUCUGUACCUCGUCUUGCGAGAGAGCCGGCUGAUCGCCCAGAAGAACGACAACGAGAUGUUCAGUAUGGUGUUUGCGGGGCGCUACAUCAUCCUGAUGAUGGGCCUCUUCUCCAUCUACACGGGCAUUAUCUACAACGACUGCUUCUCCAAGUCGCUCAACGUCUUUGGCUCGGGCUGGAGUGUGCGGCCCAUGUUUAACGUCCGCGUGGGAGGCAACUGGACGUUUGAAACACUUGAAGGCAACAAAAUUUUGCAGUUAGACCCUGCGGUAGACGGCGUGUUCAAAGGGCCCUACCCCAUAGGCAUUGAUCCGAUCUGGAAUAUUGCAACGAACAAGCUGACCUUCUUAAACUCCUUCAAGAUGAAGAUGUCCAUCAUCCUGGGCGUCAUCCACAUGCUCUUCGGUAUCACUCUCAGUCUUUUCAACCACCUUUAUUUCCAGAAGCCACUCAACAUCUACUUGGGCUUCAUCCCCGAGAUCGUCUUCAUGGCCAGCCUCUUCGGCUACCUGGUGCUGCUCAUCUUUUACAAGUGGCUCUUAUACGACGUUCGGCUGUCGCGAGACGCUCCCAGCCUCUUGAUCGCCUUCAUCAAUAUGUUCCUCUUCAACUACAGCGAUCCAACCGUCAAGCCUCUCUACACAGGACAGCAAGCCCUGCAGACCCUCCUGGUGCUCAUCGCCUUGGCGUGUGUUCCUUGCAUGUUGAUCGUUAAAACUUUGGUCCUGCGAAGACAAUAUUUGUGGCGUAAAAACCUGGGCACCCAGAACUUCGGGGGCAUCCGGGUGGGCAACGGACCCACUGAUGACGAGGCGGAAAUCAUCCAGCACGACCAGCUGUCGCAACAUUCUGAAGAUGAGCCUGAGCGUUGCCUUCUGUCGUCUGCUUUCAAGGCACGCGAGGAGGAAGAGUUUAACUUUGCAGAUGUGGCCGUUCAUCAGGCGAUACACACCAUCGAAUACUGCCUGGGUUGUAUCUCCAACACGGCGUCCUACCUCAGGCUUUGGGCUCUCAGUCUGGCUCACGCACAGCUGUCCGAGGUGCUGUGGACGAUGGUGAUGCACAUCGGGCUCUCCACACGCAGCGUGGCCGGCUUCUUCCUGCUCUCCAUCGUCUUUUGCUUCUUCGCCGUGCUCACUGUGGCCAUCCUGCUCAUCAUGGAGGGCCUGUCCGCUUUCUUGCACGCGCUGCGGCUGCACUGGGUGGAGUUCCAGAACAAGUUUUACUUGGGUCAGGGCUACAAGUUCCUCCCGUUCACCUUUGAAGGCAUCCUGGAUGGAAAGUUUGAGGACUGAGAUCACCCCCAUCCGUGUGUUUGUGUGCGUGUUGUGUUAUUGUUUGUUAAAAUGGGUCAUAUGCAUUUUUACCCCCCCACCAUGAAACAACUCCAGGUGUCUUAUUUUAAGAUCUCUGACAUUCUUCGGUCAACAUGCACAAAAGAUCAAGAAUUACAGUAAACUUGUCAACAUUCUUGUCAGCUUUUGUUACCAUGGCGACUGGGGACUGAACUGCAGCAAAGUGAGGUCUAUGCAAUGUUGCUAUCUCGACAACUUUGUUGCUCUAUUCAGCAACGUUUCUGGCUAAUUUUCAGGAACUUGACUAAGGGCUUUUCGUGACCAGACUUUUGGAGACCCCGAUGCCCCCCUCCUUAACUGCUCUUCUUACCUUUUGUCUUUGACAUGGUUGUGCUUCUGUGUCUUUCUUGAGAACACAGACCCUUAACUUUGCAAAACAGUCAAAAGGCAAUUUUCCAAAAUGUUCAAACAACGUUCGUUCUGCUAGCAUCAUCUUUCACGUCUGUGUGUCACGUUUGACGUAGUUGAAUAUUAUUUAUGCGAGUGUUGUGGUCAAUGGUUAGAGCAGCAUCAAUAAAUGUGCGCUGGUCAGUGGUGAAGGUUCAGAAAAAGGGAAAUGGUUUAUCAGGACCCUUGUGAAAAUGUCAUGGGGACAGAUGCUCGCCGGGAUUUUUGAUGGCUCCUCAUGCUGUUUGUGUGUCACGGCAGAUGAUGUCUUCAAUAAAAGAGAGAAGAGAU